AUGCCGCGUCUCACUCCCUCCGUUGCCUUGCUGCUCCAGGCCUACGCCGUGUCGUCGAGCGUCAUCGACGUUCGUGCAGACGGGUCCAGCAUCGACCGACGCGAUAUUUUCGGUCAAGUCGCCCCCAGAGACGUGUUUAAGGCAAACCCGACAUGCCCGACAGAACGCGCCGCCUUUAAGGAGUUCCAACGGGCCAACAAGGGAGAAGCGCUGGACAACCUGCUCUACGGUUGUACGCCGCCGACGCUGCGAGGACAGCUCUAUCCUACCUUUGACGACAGCAACCAGAAUACAAUCGCGGGGAGAGGAGUCGACUCCAACACGGUGGAGGAGACGGGAAAGAGCUCGCAAAGCUGCAACGACAUCACCCGCGCCUGGGGAUGCGUACGCGGCCUCGACUGCCGCUACGUGCAGACCUGCAGCAGGAGGAGCCUGAAGGAGCUGCACGGAGGCGGCACGAUCAAGCUCGGCGAUCGGGAAACGGUGCCCUGCGCAAAGGGAACGGUGCCGAGGGAGAUGCACUGCAAGAUUUCGACGAACCCGGCCGCGGCCGCCGAGGUGGCCUUUGAUCGAUUGAUUUUCGAGCUCAUCAUGGACGAUGGCCAGCCGGCGUCGGGCAAGAUCCGGGCCGAAGUUGGCAACGGACAAAGCGUUUCCAUCUUCGACGGCUCGCUCAGCAAGAACCGAGCCAUCAUCCCGGUCAACAUCCCGUCGCUCUUUGGCGGCGAAACGAGGUUUUCGCUUCAGCAAGUCAUGGGAAACCACGUCAAGCUCUACUACGAUCCCAAGUCGGGCGGCGACGAUGCGUUCAAGAUCAAGUCCUUUACCCUGUUCGCACGUCUUGCCGGCACCAACCUCGUCUUUCAGACCAUGCCUCUGGUCGACCAAAAGUUUGACGCCGGGAGAGGCCAUACCGAGAUCUGGUCGCAUCAGCUGGAUCUGGAGGGCUGGAACACGGUGGCCGGCGUGGAGAAACCAAUCUCGCCUUUCCUGUGCCUCAGCACCGAAACCAGCGAAGAAUGCUCGGCAAGGCUACGCUACGGCUAA